AUAGGGGUUUUUGUUGUUUGGUCAGUUGUGGCUGAGGUUGCUGGGUCCGAUCAGCGCUCAAUGGGCGAGAUUUGUGAAGAGUGGCCUUUAACAUCGUGCAAGAUCAUGUUCCACGCACUCAAGAGGUUAUCUUGGAACAAACUAGUGAUCAAACCACUGAAUGACAGACAGGCCUACACCAUUACCGGCAACGCUCAGAAGAAGGACUCGUUCGAUAUUAUGAAGACGACGAUCGAUAUUCUCAAGGCUGUCGUUGCGGCCAAUGGAGAGAGCCCAUUGGACUCUUUGAUUUAUGGACCAAUCAUAGCACUCAACCAAAUUGAAGAGCCACACAGCUAUCAGCAUCCAGGAGGUGGAUACGGUUCAGGCAAAGCAGGAGUUGGUGAUCAACAAAUAUCCGGUAUAUUCAUCCAUGAGAUGGGUCAUUCCUUGGAUCUUCAGCAUUCCGCUGAAUUCCCUAAUAGGUACCCAUAUCCAAAGGGUAGUUUACUGGGAAGUGCACCUGGAUUCAAUGUGAUUCAUAAUGAGUUCCUCGAGACAAUAUUCCGCCAACAGCAAAGCUCUACCCUGGUUGUCAGGGCAAAUCGGACUUUCAAAAGCAAGAUGGCGAGUGUGUCAAGCAGGAUGUGA